AUGUAUUCCUCGGGGCUGGACACGUUCUACUACCGCGGUCAUUUGAUCGUCGCUCACCCGGGUAGAAUCGCAGGGUCAUCGAGUUAUCAUUUCUUCGUUCCCGGGUUCAAUUUCGGUGGCACACUUCGCGGGAAUUCAGACGGCGCCGGUAACGUAGCAUAUAUCCUUGCUCGCGAACUCAUUGACGAAGUGAUGUACGUUCCCAAGGAAGAGCGACCCCCAGGAGAUCUGUCCCGGCCAGAGCACAUACGGUCCACGGGAAAUCUAUCACUCUACGCCGGUAGCUGCUUGAACUCCGGAUAUCACAUCUUCACUGUGCAGAUUCGCAAUGGCACCGACGGUGAUCAGCUAUUCAUCGACGCGUUGGAUAUAUCUGAGGCAUCCACGGCCGCCAUGGAGCAUGUUUGCAAUCAGACGCAUUAUAUCAUGCAUAUGAAAGUUCUCUGGGAGGAGGGUGAUUCUCCCGUCGCAGCUGAAUUUUUCUUUGAGGGAGACAGCGCUGUGCGGUCGGGGUUAGUGCUGGAUAAUGAGUAUACGGAGCCUAUCUGGUUUGAUAGACAUUAG